CCAUCACCUAGCCCCUCUUUUUCCUCUUUAUUUGUAUGUUACGGACAAUCACAAGAAAUGGCGCCGUGAACGGAACGUUUUCUUCUGGCCGCCUCGGCAAUGGCGUUUUGCUAACCACGCUGUCUCGUGGAGACUACCAUAAGCGCGUCGGGACCCUCGCGCUCGUCAGACUCGCUUCGACGGAUGUAUCUCCUUCUACGGCACGAGCUGAAUCUCGUGAACCACCACCGAAUGCAGCUGGCGCACUUCGCAAGCCGAGAGCAGACUUCAAGCCCGGUCCCCUGAAGCCUCCUUCAAAGACCUCGCAGCUAGCUUCCGAUAAGAAAACCGUUAUCCACCCGCACAAAGGUGCCCAAGUCACCCGGUCGGUGGGCGGGCAGGCCGAAGCCGUCGCUGAUGAACCCAAGCCUUCUGUUCUCGAGCUUGCCAAGCGCGACAUAGCAGAGGCGAUGGAGCAAGGUGUACUUGCCCCACUCCCUCCUGAUGCAGGACGUGUCACGCAGUGGAUACACCCGGUUAAGGAGCUAUUCAAAUUUUACUGGAAUGGGCUCAAGGCUAUCAACACGCACAGAAAGCAAGUCUCGGCCAUUCGAGACCGGAUGGAGAGGGGCGGGCCGCUUCCCUCGAGGGCGGAGAUGCGGUUCAUGAAGACGUACAACCAGGACGCACUCAAACUCAUUCCGUUCAUCAUCAUUGUCUUCAUUGCGGAAGAAAUCAUCCCGUUCAUCGCUCUUUACGCGCCAAGGAUGCUCCCCUCCACAUGCGUGCUCCCCGGGCAGCAAAACCGCAUAGUCUUCAAACGCCACUCGGCGCAGGCGAACGCGCUCACUGAAAACCGGGGUCUGUUCGAGAACAUGCGUAAAGCGGGCGAGCAGGCGGGUUUCACCCCUUCAGCUGCCGUGACAAAUUUUACGGCCAUAUCCAGCUCUUUGGGCCUUCCUUCCUGGGGACCAUCCCUCUUGUCACGGUGGAGAGUUUCGAACCACCUGACUUACAUCACUGCGGACGACAAGAUCCUCGCGAAGGAGGGGUAUGGACAGAACCUUACGCAACUUGAGCUGAGAGAUGCAUUGCACGAGCGCGGAGUUCCCUUCAAUGACAAGGACAAGGAUGACAUGCAGCAUCGGCUGAAGUGGUGGUUGGACACCGCGGACAGUACAGACAAGGGUGACCCCAUCAGCCGCCGUAUAUUUGCCCUUGCACUUGCCAACUCACGAGCAUAAAGACAUUACACAGCAAGACGCACGCAUUAUAGAAUCUCCUCCAUUCAGUCAUCUGUAGCUUACAUAUCUUUACGCG